AUGAACGAAAUCACGGAUAAGCCUAACUGGAACGUGAAGGUCUCUGACGAUGCCAUCGUGGAUAAGUGGCGGAAGGAAAUGCUGACGGGAAACUACGGUUUUUCUGAAGCUAUGACAAAGUGGGUUAUGGAUGAGCUUCGCUACAAAACGAGGAUUUUUCACGAAUACGGACUUGUGGACGUAUUCAACGGUGGAGUGGUCAAAUCAGACACAGCUUUGCCUGGAUCAGUGAAUCAGGAGUUGAAAGCAGGGGUUCAGAAACUGGAAGAUGUUCCAGAAGAUCUCAAGGAUUACCACCCUUCCACGAACAAGCAAGUCCUGAAUUUGGUGCACCCGUCUCUCUUCCCUCUUGUCUAUGGCCGAUCGCGUAUCCUCAGCGAGAAGCUCUUAGGCCUGGAUGACUGCAUCCCCAGCUGUGGUUUGGGAGAAACACUUCCUGUUCCCCAAGACAAGUACACAGUGUUUGACGACAAGCUAGAUAAUCACUCUGGCUGGGCGGGCAAUUUCUGGAAAGACAAGAUAUACAGCCAGAAAUUCCAAUGGCUACCUUGUAAUGUGGAGUUUAUUGACGAGCCGGGCUCGUACCUGCCUCUAGAUCCAAAAGACCCUUCUAAAGUUGCAGCAGCAUCCCUUGCGCCACCAUGUCGGAUAACAAGCUAUAUCAACAACCUUCACCCCCACAAACAUCGAGAACUGUACAGAACCAUCGAGAAGGUGAUAUCCUGCGCAAUACCGUUGUGGAACAGAACCCUAUCCUCUCUAAGUGCCGAAUAUACUCGACGGAUUAACUACGACAUAUGCAUUAGGGAAAGUUCACUUUCCCCGUCUCGGGAGGGUACAAAUGGAUCGAGAAAACCGAAACGUUCGAUAACUAAGUCUGGAUAUGUACUACCAGAACCUAGAAAGUUCGAACCUACGAUGACACCGUCACUGUCACCCGGAUCCGUGGAUUUGAAGAAACAAUACCGCAAGACUGGUUUGCAAGUGAUCGUGAAACUUGCAACCAUCCAUCUAACCCCCGAAAAACCCAAAUAUGAUGGCGGCGCUUGGCAUGUAGAAGGCCAACUUAAUGAGCACAUCUGCGCAACCGCACUCUACUACUACGAUAACCAAAACAUCACCAAUGGCCACGUAGCCUUCCGCCAGCAGUGUGCCACAAACCCAAAAAUAAAAAAUAGCCGUGGAGAAGACCCAGCAUUCCUCCCCGAAAUCUUUGGGAAGCACACUCUAUCCUCCGCAACCCAAAUUCCCGGCAGCGUUGAAUGCUCUCAAGGCCGCCUCCUUACAUUUCCUAACACCGUCCAACACCGUGUCGAACCCUUUGAGCUGGCCGAUAAAUCCAAGCCAGGUCACCGCAAAAUCCUAACCCUGUUCCUAGUGGACCCGCACAUCCGCAUAAUCUCCACGGCAAACGUACCACCGCAGCGCCGGGACUGGUGGAUGGAGCAUAUCGAGUCAACGGGGGCGCUGAAGAAGCUGCCCAAGGAGUUGGUGGACAUGAUUUUGGGCAGUGGCAGUGAGGCGGAUUUCCCGUUUAACAUGGAGGAGGCGAAGCGGUUUCGGUUGGAGUUAAUGGCGGAGAGGACGGCGAGGGUCACGGAGCAAGAUAGACAUUUUAGGCAUAGGGUGUUUUCGCUCUGUGAGCAUUAA